AUGGCGGGUGGACGUAUAUCUAGUUUCUCUGCAAAUUUGUGCUUAGUUCUGUGCAUAUAUCUAUCCUUGGACACAGUUACAACUACAUAUCGCUUGAAUAAUACUUUAGUAGUCGACAGGGAUUUGUACUUUGUGUCGCAGCUCAAUGAAAAGGUACAUAUUCCAAGCUUUACUUCUCUUCGAGUUCAGCAGCCCAAAACGAAUAUCUACAAUCUUCCAAGAAGACGCUUAUUUAUUAAUCUUCUACAUAAUGUCUCAUUUGCGUUAUUGCUUCUAGCCGGGGGCAUCGAACUGAACCCUGGCUUUCAGACCCUCAAGGAUAUCAAAAAUAUCAGAGGGUUAAAAAUUGGUCAUCUAAACAUACGAAGCCUUCGUAACAAAGUGGAUUCUCCUCGUAUUGAAAACCUCGACACAACUUUUGACGUGUUAGCUAUAUCUGAAACUUGGCUGGAUUCCACAAUAGUAGAUGUUGAAAUAUCUCUGCCUGAUUUCACUUGCGUUAGGUGGGAUCGAACUGGAGACAAGUCUGGUGGUGGAGUUGCUAUCUACAUCAAGGAAAGUUUGCCUUAYCGAAUAAGAGAUGAUUUGAACAGAACCGAUUAUGAAUAUGUUUGGAUUGAGUUGUUGCGAAACAAGUGCAAGCCCACUCUGAUCUGCUGCGCCUACAGAGCCCCCGAUGUGAAUGCUAAAGAUUUUAUUUCUUCAUUAAGUAAUUCCAUGUCGUCCAUCGAUCUAGACAAAUCUGAUGUAGUCUUGUUGGGAGAUUUAAAUGUGAAUUUGCUUAAAAAUUCGAAGGGAUGCAAGAAGGAUAAACAAGAACUUCUUAAAUUCUCACGGACAUACGACUUCAAACAACUUAUAAAAGAACCUACUAGAAUCACUGACACCUCUCGAUCACUAAUCGAUUUGAUUUUUGUGAACAAUGAACAUCGUAUCACCAAGUCUGGCAUUGUUCCUCUUACAAUAAGUGACCAUUCUUUAAUUUUCUGCAUAAUUAAAGCUGGUGUUUUGAAGGCUAAUCCUAGAACAUUUGAAUAUAGAUCUUACAAAAACUUUGAUGCGAAUAAAUUCAAGAAAGAUCUUAGUGACGUUCCCUGGCAUAUUGUUAAUAAUGAAAAUGAUAUCAAUGAUGCG